UUUUCUUUUUUGGGGGGUUGGGGAGAGUGUUUGUUUCACUCCUGACCUUUGAUCGGUCCAGAACAAACAUGGCGUUCAUCCGCAGAGAAAAGAUGCAUCUCUUCGUCUUACUACUCACCGUAGCUUCAUUCCCAGCAUGCAUUGGGACUCUGGAAGAAGGGGUGUUCGUGGACAAACCUGAAGCAAGCGUUUUCCUGCAUCGGAGCCGUCGGGCUAACUUGUGGCUGGAGGAGCUGAGGCAAGGGAACAUCGAGCGAGAAUGUUACGAGGAGAAGUGCUCCUACGAGGAGGCGAAGGAAAUCUUCGCCCUGCCGCAGCAGCUGGAGACGUUCUGGAGGAUUUACACAGCUGUAGACCACUGCUUGUCCUCGCCCUGUAAGAACGGGGCGACCUGUACUCGCCACUUCGACAACUACAUCUGUAAAUGUGCACCGGGCUUCCAUGGAACCAACUGUGAGAAAGCACGCCUGACCUCACACGGCUGUCGCUACAAAAAUGGAGGCUGCGAACACUUCUGCACGGAGCUCUCAGACCGCUCUCCCUCCUGUUCCUGUGCUCCGGGUUAUGGUCUGGAUCAGGACAACAGCACCUGCUUUCCCAAAGAGGCUGUUGUCUGCGGGAGAACUCUGAUUCACUUUGCUCCACGGGUGGUCAACGGGGAGAUCUGCCCAAAAGGGCAUUGUCCGUGGCAGGCUCUGCUGACUGAGCAUAACGAGUUCAUCUGCGGAGGCAUCGUUCUGUCCGACACGUGGAUCUUAACGGCGGCUCACUGCGUUUGGUCCAAACCAAUCGCCAUCUUUCACGUCAGCGUUGGUAAACAUGACCUGUAUGAGACGGAGAAGACGGAGCAGCGGAGGAGGGUCCUCCAGGUGGUGAUCCACCCUGGAUACAACCGCACCUCCUAUGACAGCGACAUCGCCCUGCUGAAGCUCCAUCGGCCCGUCAAACUCGGCCAGUACGUGGUGCCCAUUUGCCUCCCGGCCCAGAACAGCACGUUUUUCCGCACGCUGUACAACGUCCGCCACUCAACUGUGUCCGGGUGGGGCCGCCGGAUGGAGUUCGGCCUGCCCGCCCGCUACCUGCAACGCCUGGUCCUCCCCCGCGUCCCCCUGCAGGAAUGCCGGCUCCAUAGCAAGCUGACCAUCUCCAAGAACAUGAUGUGCGCCGGGCUGAAGAGCGGCGGGCGGGACGCCUGCGGGGGCGACAGCGGCGGGCCCCUGGUCACGCGAUACAAGAAGACCUGGUUCCUGACGGGGGUGGUGAGCUGGGGGGAGGGGUGUGCUAAAGAAAACAUGUACGGCAUCUACACCAAAGUCAACAACUACCUGGGAUGGAUUGACAGCGUGACGGGGUCAGGCUGACGCCCGCUGACCUCACCAGAAUGAGAAAAAGGUCAAGGCCCGAUCCAAAGGGAAGUAGAGUGAUCGAUGUUGUAACACAAUAUGAACAAACGGUCGUUCUAAUGACAAUAAAUGCUGUUAUCUCUGAUUUUUAACAACGUU